GAUUGAUUGAUUGAUUGAUUGAUAAAUAGAUUGAUAGAUAGAUAGAUAGAUAUAGACAGAUAUAUAGAUUGAUUGAUUGAUAGAUAGAUAGAAAGUGAGAGAGAGAGAGAGGGAAAUCUAAGGAUAUAUACAGAAGGUGAGAAACUGAAUAAAAGAGAGAUAGCAGAAAGAGAGAGAGAGAGAGUGAGUGAGUGUGUGAUCUAGGGAAAGAUAGACAGGAUAAUAGGGAGAGAUUACAAAAUCUUGUGACGAAAUAAAGAGAGGAGUGAAAGAUGCAGGUCGUCUACAGUGGGGGGACAUCUACCCCUAUGUCCUCUCCUCGAUGUUACAGGAAAGAUAUGCAAGGGGCAGGGUACACGCGACCAAUGGCCCCUGGUUAUGCCUUAAACAAUCACUAUUACCCUCCGCCCUCACCAUUGACUAUCAAGAAACAUUAUUCAAAGAGUAAGAAAUCUAACCAACAUGAUAAGUCGUUACGGAACUUUAUUCCUGCCAUGAAGAAGCCGGUGGCCAUCACGUGUCUUAUCUGUAACAUCUUCAUUCCGGGUCUUGGAACUUUCAUAUCAGGCCUUACAAUAAAGUGUGGGUCUCGAGUUCGAAUCCCAGACAAGAGCAAGUCCAAAGUGAUUUUAACGAAUACCUGGGUUGCCACUUUACAGUUCCUCACCACAUUCUUGCUUUUGUUAGGGUGGAUAUGGAGUGUUACCUGGGGUGUUGCCUUUCUUACUUUCUCAGAUGAUGGUACGGUGGGCGAUUCUGAAAACACAAACCAAUUAAACAACAGCAACCACAGCAGUAACAACAGCAACAAUUGCAGAAACAACAGAAAUAUUGCAGUGUUGCAUACGGAAGAUAAUUCAGUCCCAUUAUCGAUGGUUACUGCUGCAAACAACCGAACCAUGACUAACAAUCAAUACCAAGCCGUGUCUCUACAGGACGACUCAAGCAAAGACAAACAUUCAGCCAACCAUGGCAGGGUCAAUCACAAUCAAUCAAUGGUUUAUAUUUAGAUAUAUAUAACUAAAUACACUAAUUAACUAAC